UAGAUUUUCGAAAACUAAUUUUAUACACAAUAGUUUUUAUGGCUUUAUAUAAAUUUUAGUACCUAAUUAAAUUACUUUUCUUUGAUUAUUUUUGAAAAUAUGACACUAAUAGGCGCAAUUUUGAAGAAAGCCAAGUCCAAAGAAUGUGUAUCGAAGAAAUAUUCUUCUCCGCCUCCAGAACUUGAAGAAGCAGUGCUAAUGAAGAAAAAGAAGAAAGUAUUAGUGGAUAAGUUUGCUCACGUGAGGGCGGUAGUGGACUCGACCCCCCCGCGGUACUCCCCCGCUCUGAUGAUGCGUGCACUACCACAUUAUCAUCACCAGCUCCUGCAGAUCUACCGACAGAACAUACAGCUGCUUAUAGCCAUCAAGAGAACCCACUUCACGAGGGGUAAAGUGGACUGUCGUUGGAAUGAACCACCGUGCGCGGCCACCAACCAGAACUAUAAAAAUCGAGUGCAGUUUCUAAAUCGUGUGCAAACUGAAAAUCAAAAUAUAUACAAGCGAAUUGUUAAUGCUGAGGCUCGAGUGUCCAGUACAGCAUCAUUACGCAGAGAGUGGGGUCGGAACCGUCGUCAGAUCUUGCGUCGAGCACAGGCGCCGUUUGUGUUGUUCCCGCCUGUACCACAGCAGAUUAUAGAGGAUGCUGUAUUUAUAGCACCGACAGGCAUAAAACGACCACGGGUUUAUUUAUCGCUGCGCAUGCGCAACUAUGCUGCUCUCGGUGAACUGACCGUUGAACUCUUCACGGAGGUGUGCCCCCGCACGUGUGAGCUAUUCCUCACUCUGCUGCACGGGGAUGGACUCGGCCACGGCUACGUAGGCACCUGCUUCUUCAGGAAAGUUCCGAAUCUCUACUGGAGAGGUGGUGACGUGAUCUGCAACAACGGAUAUGGCUGCUACGCGCAGCGCGGCCGCACAAUGCCUGUUGGCGCUGAAAAUUAUCAUUUCCCACACUCUAUGCCAGGUCUACUAUCAAUGCGAGUUACUCGCGACGACGAGGUGUGCGGUGUCUUCAGCAUUACCUUCAAGCCACUGCCACAGUUUGAUCUGAAAAACGUCGUCUUUGGCAGGAUAAUACGCCCAUGUAAUGUGUAUGAGGCAAUACGAGAGUUAGGUUCACCGCUCAGUGUUCAACCGGUCAUCGAGUUGACAGCAGCGCGGCGUCGCGUCGGCCGUCGAUGGGUGUACGGACAACCUAAUACUAGAAUAUGACUCGAAUUUGAACCUAAUUUUUAAAAUG